AUGUGCAAAUCAAAAACAUUGCUCAAUACGUGCAUCAAGUUUAAUAUUUGGUGAUCCAUGUCCAGGUACAGCAAAAUAUUUGGAAGUACAUUAUCGUUGUGUUUCAGAAAUGGAACGCAUCUUAUCGUUGAAUAAAUCGAUGAUGGCAAAUAAUGAUUCUUCAGCUUCGACAACAACAACAACGAUUGGUUUAGUAUUAUCAUCGGAUUUAUAUUUUUUACGGAAAAAUAGUGAUAAUCAUUCUGUAUCAAUGACGACGACUAUUUCGACAACAAUUGGUUUUGAUAAUGAUCAUCAACAGCAAAAUAGCCUAGAUAUUGUGCCUAAUCAAUCGGAUUUGAAGAGCUUUUCAGAUAAAUCCGAUAUAUCAUCUACCCAAAAUAACCAAAAACCAUAUUGGUCAAAUAUGAUGGAUAUAUUGGCCGAACCAUCAUCUUCGUCGUCGACAACAACAAUGUCAACAACAUGCAAUCAAAAAAUUUAUCGUAAUAUUCAAUGGCCACCAACAUUAUCCGGUUCUAUUGCAAUUAGGCCAUGUCCACAUGAUACUUCGGGAUUGGCACAAUGGAAAUGUGGAAACACUAAUUCAAAUCUUCGUAAUGAUAUUUGGCAAUCAAUAUUGGCCAAUAUUCAACAACAACAACAACAUUCGACAACGACGACAACAUUAUAUGGUGGUGAUUUAAAUCAAUUGAUUGUUUUAAUGGAAAAUUGUCAUAAACAAUUGGCGGAAUUGGAUACCAUUUUCGAGAUUAUAUCCGAAUUAUUGAACCAGAAUAAUCAACCAAGUUGGCUAGAUUUACCUGAUAUACGUCGUGAAUCAGCUGCUAUAAAUUUAAUCGAUAUUACUGGAAAAUAUUCAGCAUUACAUUGUCGUAAUCAACGAUUAUCAAUUUCGAGUUCAAAUGAUUCGAAAGAAAUGCUUAAACAAUCAUCAAAUUUAGUGCUUAAUUUAUUUAUUUAUAUGUCAACUUGA